CAGACCUACCCCAAUGACCGACUCUACACCUGCAGCCAAUGUGAGAAGAGCUCCAGACUCAGCUCCAAAUUGGUCGAGCACAUCCGGACCCACAGCAAGGAGAAGCCCUACAAGUGCCCCGAGUGCGGCAAGUCCGUCAGGAACAAGGGCAGCCUGGUCCAGCACCAGAAGACUCACGGUUGUAGAAAACCCCUCCAGUGCAAAGAGUGUGGGAAGACUUUUAAAAAAAAGAACUUUCUGAUCCAGCACCAGCGGAUCCACAGCGGUGAGCGGCCCUACAAGUGUGGGGAGUGCGGGAAGAGCUUUGCAGAUAGCUCCAGCUUGAUCAGACACCAGCGGAUACACAGUGGUGAGAGGCCCUACAAGUGUGGGGAGUGCGGGAAGAGCUUUGCAGAUAGCUCCAGCUUGAUCAGACACCAGCGGAUACACAGUGGUGAGAGGCCCUACAAGUGUGGGGAGUGCGGGAAGAGCUUUGCAGAUAGCUCCAGCUUGAUCAGACACCAGCGGAUACACAGUGGUGAGAGGCCCUACAAGUGUGGGGAGUGCGGGAAGAGCUUUGCAGAUAGCUCCAGCUUGAUCAGACACCAGCGGAUACACAGUGGUGAGAGGCCCUACAAGUGUGGGGAGUGCGGGAAGAGCUUUGCAGAUAGCUCCAGCUUGAUCAGACACCAGCGGAUACACAGUGGUGAGAGGCCCUACAAGUGUGGGGAGUGCGGGAAGAGCUUUGCAGAUAGCUCCAGCUUGAUCAGACACCAGCGGAUACACAGUGGUGAGAGGCCCUACAAGUGUGGGGAGUGCGGGAAGAGCUUUGCAGAUAGCUCCAGCUUGAUCAGACACCAGCGGAUACACAGUGGUGAG